AGCCUGCUGGCGUAUGUGUGCUAAAGAGAGUGUGUGUGUGCGAGUGUGAGAGAGAGAGAGAGAGAGAGAGAGAGAGUGUGUGUGUGUGUGUGUGUAUGUGUGUUUGUCUCUUGUCUUUGCAUCUCGGGACGUCUGUGUCUUUUUGAUUUGCACCGAAGAGGGAAAAGCUGUUGAAGCUGCGCCUCGUUGGAAAAAAUGCACUCCACACGCUGUCAUCGGUAUCAUUAUGUUCGGCAUGACUUCAACACCCCGUUUUAAAGACUUCACUUGCCUGUUAUUGCAAACUCGGAUUGCGUCUGAAACGGAACAUGGGAAGCACCUCUGUAUGUUAACGAAGACAAAGCAGCCGAUUAAUAUUUCAAGAAAUCGUAUAGUGCUGCGCGUACUGCAGUAAUGCUGUAUUCAUAUUGAAAAAACAAGGGGGGGCAGUGCAAAGUUGGAGCACCGACAGCACACACACACACACACACACACACACACACACACACACACACACACACAGGUGGAGUGCCCCGGUAUCGAGGAAGCCCUGAAAACCUCGCCAAAGUGGUGAGUGAAAGAAGAUGAUGCAGUGGUCUACUGGAACUGGGAGCAGUCGAAUUGGUAGUAAAAAGGAACCAUAUGAGUUUUCUCUUCUUAUGGGGCUUGUGUCAUAGCUUUUGUAAACAGUGGAGAGCAGAGACAAUACAGGAGCUGGAUGUCUGCUCAUCUAGCUUCAAUAUUUUUUCUGGUAUUGUGAGCCUAAGCUGCAGAAAUGACUGUGGUGGCAGGAGAUAACAUGGAUGAGACCUCAACCCUGCCAGGGCAUCCACAUGAUCCGUACCAACAUGACCAUGAGGACCACGAGUGCUGCGAGCGUGUUGUUAUCAACAUCUCAGGCCUGCGCUUUGAAACUCAACUCAAAACACUUUCCCAGUUCCCAGACACACUGCUGGGAAAUCCCAAAAAGCGGAUGCGAUACUUUGACCCUUUAAGGAAUGAAUACUUCUUCGACAGGAACCGGCCAAGCUUUGAUGCCAUCCUCUACUACUAUCAGUCAGGUGGGCGGUUAAGAAGACCUGUCAAUGUCCCUUUAGACAUGUUCUCUGAAGAGAUCAAAUUUUAUGAGCUUGGAGUAGAGGCAAUGGAAAAAUUUCGUGAGGAUGAGGGCUUUAUUCGUGAAGAGGAGCGUCCACUGCCAGACAAUGAAUUUCAGAGACAAGUAUGGCUCCUGUUCGAACACCCAGAGAGCUCAGGCCCUGCACGAGGCAUUGCAAUUGUGUCAGUAAUGGUCAUUCUGAUAUCUAUAGUAAUAUUUUGUUUGGAGACCUUGCCAGAACUCAAAGAGGAUCCACAAGGGCGUUUGCAGACUAUUGGGAACAGCACUUUUUACUACAAGCCAAACAUUUUCACAGACCCCUUCUUUAUUGUGGAAACCCUCUGCAUCAUUUGGUUCUCAUUUGAACUGAUUGUACGUUUUUUUGCUUGCCCGAGCAAGGCAGCGUACUUUAAAAACAUGAUGAACACGAUAGAUGUAGUGGCAAUCAUUCCCUAUUUCAUCACGCUUGGCACAGAGCUUGCUGAAGAUGAAGAGGGGAAGGAAGUAAAGGUAUCGGGUGAACAGGCCACAUCUCUGGCAAUCCUCAGGGUUAUUCGUCUUGUCCGGGUGUUUAGGAUCUUCAAAUUGUCAAGGCACUCUAAAGGACUGCAGAUAUUGGGGCAAACGCUGAAAGCCAGCAUGAGAGAGCUGGGCCUCUUAAUCUUUUUUCUUUUCAUCGGUGUCAUCUUGUUCUCUAGCGCAGUGUAUUUUGCAGAGGCUGAAGAGAAGGAGUCCUUCUUCACCAGUAUUCCUGAUGCAUUCUGGUGGGCCGUGGUGUCAAUGACUACCGUGGGCUACGGUGAUAUGUACCCUGUGACCAUCGGUGGCAAGAUUGUGGGUUCCCUUUGCGCCAUUGCUGGUGUGCUCACCAUUGCACUUCCCGUCCCUGUGAUUGUGUCCAACUUUAACUAUUUUUACCACAGAGAAACAGAAGGAGAGGAGCAGGCACAGCUCCUUAAUGUGAGUAAUCCCAACAUUGCAUCCGACUCAGACUCCAGUCGACGCAGCUCAUCUGUCAUAAGCAAGUCGGAAUACGUGGAGACAGACGAUGACAUGAAUAACAGCAUUGACAAUUUUAGGGAGGCAAACCUGAGAACUGGGAACUGUACUAUCUCAAACCAGAACUGUGUGAAUAAGGGCAAGCUUCUGACCGAUGUGUAAUUCUUGUUUUAUUUUAUUUUCA